AUGCAAUCCAUCUCCUCAUCUUCUGCAAAUGUGCGAAUGGAUAGGCGAUUCGAUUGGGUUGGGCCGCCAGAUAAUGUAUCGAAGAUUCGCAAAAUUAUGCUCCGCCGCGUCGCCAAUGAAUCCGAACUCGAGCGACAAUACCGAACGGCUCGGGAAGAGCUGAACCAGUGGAAUUCGGAUUUUUGGGCGGAACACAAUCAACUAUUCGAUCGACAAAAGUCGGAUUUUGUUGAGAAGAAGCAGAAGGCGUUGGGAAGGUUGGAACAUGUGUCGGCGAACGAGUUGAGCGAGUUUUAUCGCGAUUUUUUGAAUGAUCGGCAUGUGGCAAUGAUGGCUUAUAAUAAAGAAUGGUAUCGUCGGAAUCUUCAAUUAAUUUGGCCAGCUCUCAAAGUCAACGUCAUCCGAUUCUUCCGAAUGGCCAAGAAAUAA